UCACGUCUGCUCAGGGCGAGUGAGAAAAGAGAACAGGUGUUUUUGCUGCGUUCACUCAGUCACACUCAGGUGUCAACCAAACUUACCUGUGGACGAAACAACUGUUGACACUUGUGAAGGAACCAGAAAACUCACUCAGCAAGAUGACACAGCACUCUGGUGCAGGUAGCAGAGGAACUCCGCAUGGACUUUACAGAGCAGAUUUACUGUGUGCCUCUCCAGUUUAUGUGCGUCACAACAGAUGGAGAGAGAAAGGAGGAGGAGGAGGAGGAGGUGAGGGUAACCAAGACAACUUGUUGCAUUCUCGCUACACAGUGAGAGCCGGCACUGAUCAGGCAAAUCCAAGCUCCAUGUUGGAGGAUCUGGUUUAUCUCAAUGACCUGCACGGCAUAAUGAUAAUCAACUCCACUGGUCCCAGACCUCUGGUCUCUCCUGACACUCCACUAAAACACAGGCCUUGUCCACUCAUACCUGUGCCUGGACCCAUGACUGUCCCCUGUAGUCCCAUUUGCUCCAUGUGCUGCCCUACAGAUACAGACUGGGUCACACUCAGAGCCACACCGGAGAGUCCUGGUGAUCAGGAUCCUGUCAGUGCAGCAGCUCACUUACACCUUCUCGGCGAGUCCCUGUUCCUGAUUGGUCACCAUCUUCAGGAAACUGAUAAAAAGGUGUGCACGUCCAGUAGCUUGUCUCUGCUCUUGGACUCUCUGCUCUGUGCUCUGGCCCCUGUUUUCUGCCUCACUGCACAGAUACCAGAGCUCAGGGGCUGCACACGACACACCCUGGUGAGAGACACUGGCUUUUGCUCACAGAUGCCACAUGUUGUCCACAUAAGUCACAAUUUUCUUCCAUUUUGUUUUUAUUAUUUCACUUAUUAAAGGCCUCUACUUUGGAAAACAUUGCCUAUGUGAUGCCUGGGCUGUGAGGGAUGAUGAAGAUUUUGGAUAGUUUACGAAGACAAAAAGAAUACUGAAAUUAUAACUCUUGUUUUUUUUUAUGUUGCUGUUAAUUCUAGGUAUACCUGAAUGCGUCAGUUUAUGAUUUUUGUAUUGGUUAAUUAAAAGUUUGAAUAUUGGCACAGGUUUCUUGUGUCUAGUUUUGGUGGCGGUGCUUCAAUACUAAACUUUCUCCGAGGUUUUCUACUCGAAAAUAACGUUAUCUUCCACCAUGAUACUGCACCUAAUGUUGCGACAUGUACAUCGGAACGCCAAGUUGGAACUGGGAGUGACCUUACCUGUGAGUCCACAGAGAAAUCGGAAAAACAAGCAACAUGUCCACAGAUAAAAAUUGAACACUACUAUGUGUACGACUGAUUCACUGUGACACAAAUGAGACAGAAUUUUAAGUACAGUGGCAGCCAUCAUGGAACCCUGUGUCCCGGUGACGGUGCUUCGACGCACCUUAAACAUGAGACAUUUCUUGAUGCAGGGGCAACAAAAUAGUUCAUAAAAAUGUUUGAUCAAUUCAUUAAUAAGAUCCUUCAGUUUUCCCCAGAGCAAACAUGUGUGAUUUGACAUUUUCAAACGCAAAUUUUCAGGGUUUUUUUUGUUUUGGAGAUUAAAGCUGUUGUGAACUACAAAUAUUUGUGCUUCCAAAAUUGCAGCAUAAACUUCACUAAUGUCAGCUUGAGUAUAUGCUGAAUAAUAUGGGUUCUAUACUGUUAUUCACUAUAAAUCAUUGUCACUUUAUUAAUUAUUUUCCUAUAUAUUUAUUAUGUUGCUCCUUUCAUUCAAAUAUUCAUGAUUUGAGUGAAGGGAGCUUUUUACAUCUCUUUACAAUCUUUACAAUCUGGGAGUCCCAGAUUUUAAAGAUUGUAAGCUUUGGAAUAUUUGGAAAAACAGAAACUUCAGAGAAUAAUAUUUCAAACCCACAACAGCUUUAGACAAAGUUCUAUUUACAGUGUAAACUUCAGCUUAGACUGGUGGAAAAUAUUUACUCAAGCACUCUACUUGAGUACAAAUUUCAAUAUCAUACCUGUGCUUGGACUAAAUAUUUGCAUUUAAUGCUUCUUUAUACUU